AAUCCGAGCAGGAGUCCCUAGUUGUGCGUCAAAGAGCGCCGCCACGCCUGAACUCUGAAAAUUAUUAAGAUAAUAAACGCGAGCGCCUGCUAAGUGCCUGCGAAUGGUUCUUCUCGCGCAUAAACUUGUUUCUUGUGUAAAUAAACGAAGUGACGGCGAGCCUUUGAAGUUCUGGCCGGGACCCGGAUUCCCCGCGUGGAAUGUGCGGCCCAAGUGGAUAGAUGAAGCUGUGACACCUGCAGGCCAUCCUCCUCGCUGGCUCGAGCCCCAUAUCACCGCUCCAUGACUUGCCGGCCAUUAGCUUCUUCAUCGGUAUUGGAGGCGGCGCCCCGGUGAGCCUCUUGGCUGUCUCAGCACUUAGUGCAUUCUUUGUUGACACACAGGGCGGAAAAUGGAAAACUGAGAAGUGAAAACGAUAGUGAAUCAAACAAGGCCUGAAGUAAGAUGUCAGCAGCGUUAGUACAGAAGGCGACGGAAACUCAACUCGAUCAGCCACCGGAAGUGGGCGUGGCACAGUUGGCAACCAUUUCGUUGCUACUGCAAUACGACAUAGACAACACACUGAAUGCGCUCAAGGAGCACAAGAAGAUGACACUGGACGCCCGAUUGGGCGGCGAGCUGCCCGUCGCAGUCAACAAUAACCAGGACAAGGACAUCAACCGAAAUCUGUCGGAGCAAACCGAACUGGAGGAGGAUCUGGGUCUGAAGAGCAGGGAGAGCGCCUUUAUGCCUCCCACUCCGCCUGCCACGCCCAACCUGCAGAGCACUGCCCAGAAGCGCUGGAAGAUCCUGGCCAAGGUGCUGCGCAAGGACUCCGAGGAAACGGUGUCCUCCUCCAGCGAUGAGUUCGCUGAGGAGCAGACUGCAUCCGUGCGGCGCUUCAAGAGCUUCGAUCUGCUCCGCCAGGACAGCUUCGAGGAUCACGUGAGUCUGAAGUGCUUGGGUAAGACGGAGAACUGGUACAAGUACCGCAUGCAGCUGGAGAACGAGUCGGAGUACUCGGUGAACAUCCACCACAUGGAGCGUCAGCUGACCGCCAGUGAUCUGAUGGGAUUCAAUAACACGGGCAACAUAUGCGUUUGGCCCUCGGAGGAGGCAUUGACCGCGCUGGUUCUCUCUGAGGUCGCUUCAUAUAGAGGCAAGUGGAUCCUGGAACUUGGCGGCGGGUUCACCUCGCUGGCUGGCCUCAUGCUGGCCAAAUACGCCACUCCGUAUGCGGUUCACCUGACCGAUGGCAAUGAGAUAUCGGUGGAAAACGUGAGGAAAACCGUUUGUCUCAAUGAGCUGAGCUGCUACACCAAGUGCUCGGUUCUAAAAUGGCAGGAGAAGUGUGCCCGAUCCCAGGCAGAGCAGGCCAAGUUCGACUUCAUCCUCUGCGCCGACUGCCUGUUCUUUGACGAGGCCCGAUCCGCCCUGGUGGACACCAUCUGGUACUAUCUGGCGCCCGAGGGAUCGGCCCUGAUUAUGGCUCCUCGUCGCGGGCGCACUUUGAGCGUUUUUCAGGAUGAGUGUGUGGCCAGGGGCUUCCGCGUGGAGUUGGCCACUCGGUAUAACGAGACCAUCUGGCAGCGGCAUCUCCAGCUGAAGGCCGACUCUGCCCUCUACGACGAGGACCUCCACUACCCUUUGCUCCUGCGGCUGUGCAAGAGCCACAGCUAGGAGAAAAUCGAAGGGGUUCGGACUUUAUGGGAAGCCACUUGGCUGCAGUAGGUGCAAUUAAACUUAGUCAAUGUUUUAGUUGAUAGCAAGCAAAUUCCAGUUUACACCUUAAACAAAGAAGAGGCCAACAGCGGGGAUAGAAAUUACCCCGUUGGUCUCAAAGGACAACAAGAAAUUCCUCCCACACUGAAAGGAAAUGUAGCAAAUCAAAUUCGUUAGACUGGUGCUAGAAACUAGAUUAUCAAGUUUUUCGGUUGAAUGAACACAAUACCUCUCACGUUAAACUCAGUGGACAUUAAAAUGUUAUGCUAUUCUGUUGUUUUUCAUUUGGCCAAAUUGGCCAGUUUAAUUUCUGUUUGCGAGGUAAAGUAAAAUAAUUAACAUAAAAAUUAAUAAUUCUUAAUUACAGAAAUAUGUUUUGUUAAAAACUCCAUUUGAAAGUCGCUCGUGAGGGGGUUUGUGAAUCACUUGUUCGUUUGAAAGUCCUAUUGGGACUUUUCCAACCAUAUCUAAAAUACUCAAAGUGAAUUUUAAUGAAUAUGAUGGUAUAUAUUCACCGCUUUAAAGCACCAGUCUAGUGAUCACCUUUAGCUCGUAGUUCACUGUUAAGUUGUGUAAGAAAAAAUUCCUUUGAUAUGUUAAUUUGAUUUCCGCUGAUUCCACAAGUUUUGUAACGUUUUUUUUACAAAUACUCCUCGUUAUGUAUAUGUAGUUACCUCUAUGUACGUUACACACCCACCACCCACCACCCUUACACACACACAAGUAUUAUUUAAAUUUAACGUGUACGCUGCGUAGUAUACUUUUUGGCUGCUUUCGUAGAAGGGCAGAGAGCAUCCCCAACUGAAAAAGAGAAAACGGAAAAUGGGUUUCCCGGAAACCGCACACAAAGCAGCAGCGCUCGACCAAUUAAUUAAUAGUUAACUAAACUUAGUAUACUGUAAUUACCUAGAGCAUGUGCUAAUGGUUAUAUGAUGAUGAUGAGAUAAAUACAGUAUCGAAAGGCCACAUA